AUCGGGGCGCUGGUUCAUGAAUGGUGGGUGGCGCGCCCGGAAGCGGCUGCUCCGUGGAAGUUGACAGGCGCUGCUCGAGCCGCUGAGGCAGGCCCCUGGAAGGAUGACCUUCUACUGACCACCUCUGCAAGGAAGCUCAACUUUCCCCCCCCUCAUCCGUAACCCAUGUGCAUUCUUUUCUUUAAGUUUGACCCACGUCCUGUGUCCAAAAAUGCCUACAGGCUUAUCCUAGCAGCUAACAGAGAUGAAUAUUACCACAGGCCCUCCAAAUCCGCCGAUUUUUGGGACAAUAGCAGUGAGAUUCUCAGUGGCUUGGAUAUGGAAGAAGGGAAAGAAGGUGGGUCCUGGCUUGGAAUCAGCAAGAAAGGCAAGAUGGCCGCCUUGACCAAUUACAUGCAGCCUCAGAUCAACAAGCAUGCAAAAGGAAGAGGUGCCCUGGUCACCAAUUUCUUGACCUCAGAAAUGGACAGUUACUCUUACUUGAAGAAAGUGGCCUUGGAAGGACACCUUUACAAUGGCUUUAAUUUGAUAGCAGCAGACUUAAGCACCAAUAAUGGAGAUGUAAUUUACUAUUAUGGAAACAAAGGAGACGCAGAACCUCUCUUCUUAAAUCCCGGGGUAUACGGCUUGAGCAACUCUUUGCUGGAUACGCCUUGGAAGAAACUUCAGUACGGAAAGCAGCUUUUUUCAGAUGUCAUCAAGCACAGCCAGAACCUCCAGAAAGAAGACCUGGUCCAGGAACUGAUUAAACUGUUGAAUAACGAGGACCCUCAGCUUCCAGACCCUGCAAUGGAGGACCAGGGAAAGGAUUACGUCCUUCCGUUCCUAAACAAGUAUGCAGCUCUGUGCGUCCGAUGUCCAGGUUAUGGAACCAGAGCUAACACAGUCAUUCUCGUCGACGGGGAAGGACAUGUCACCUUCACCGAACGGACCAUGCUGAAUGCCGAUAUCACCCAAUGGAAAACCAGCACAUACCAGUUUCAGCUGCAGAUAUAAUCACACUUUCCUACGCAUAAAUUGGAAAGGUGAAGUAAGAAGAAGAAAAUGAAUAGCCGGCCUGCCAGGCAAGAACCCAGUCAGCAUUUUGAGAGAGCGGCUUCUCUUUUAACGUUGCCUAGAUCACUGUAGCAUUCAUGGAAGAAAAAAAAAAAACUGAAACAAAACUAUUUUUAUGUGUGUGUCUGCACAAAAAUCCAGAACAGAAGCAUUUGAAUCGAAAAAGCAGACUCUUUAUCUAAAAACAAGCUCG